UGUAUAGACAAGUCACUGAGGCGUCUAAAACAAGACAAACUAAUUCCUGUAGAACGAUUUUUUAAAAUCAAAAAGUAAACAUGCAGUCUAAACUAGUUUUUCUGCUCAUCGGGAUUCAACUCGUUUAUGCUGGGAAACAUUCCCUGCAGUACUUCUAUACGGCAACAUCAGGUUUACCAAAUUUUCCGAAGUUUGUGACGGUAGGGCUUGUAGAUGAACAGCCUUUCACAUACUAUGACAGCAACAUUCGCAGAGAGACUCCCAGGCAGGAGUGGAUGGCUAAAUCUGUGGAAGAAGACUACUGGGAGAGGAACACACAGAUCUCAAUUGGGGCUGAACAAAACUUCAUGAGCAACAUCAAUGUUGCCAAAGAUCGCUUUAAUCAGACUGGAGGUGAGCACUACUGUAUGAUACUAGAAAUUCAAUAAUCUGUGUAUUUUCAC